UCAGAGUUCCGACUGCCGACUUCUUGCAAGUCCGCUCUCUCUUCCUUCCCAAUUCCCGAACGCUUGGCGAGCGAGAGCAAUGUCGAAGGGAGGGAGAAGGGCGUAUCUGGGUGGAGUCUUGGAGUCGCACGUCCGGAGCAUCCAAGAGAUCUUUCAGAUGCUCGAGGAGCCCCCUCCUUCGUCUCUCGACAAGGUGGCGUGGUCCCAGGUCACCAAACUCGGCGACGAGAUCUCUAAACAGGCAACCGUAGCUGGAAUGCUUUGGAGUGGAGAAACACCUGAUGUGAAAGCACUGGAGGAGAACAUGGGGGCAUACUGCAAUUUGCUUCAUGGGUUUAUUUUACUUUGCCAUGGUAGCACUGUGGGCGCUGGGCCAACCCUCCACGCGAGCAUCUGUGCUUCUGCAAAACAAGUUAUUGACUGCAGCAUUUCACUGUUAAGGGAAGCAGUCUCCUCUUGUGACUCUCGCAGUUCCAAUAAAAGCUUAUCAAUCCCAAAGCUGUCAGGCUUGGUUUGGGAAGCAUGUGAUGCCCUUAAGAAGACUCCCACCACAAACUGCACUGCCAUAGGGCGGGCCAUGGCUCAGGUUGCAGUCUCCGUUAAGGAUGUCCUCCGGGAAUUGGGAGAACUCAAGCCUGCUGCUUCUGAUGAUGAUUCAGCUGAUGGAACUUCCGGCGAAGCUGCUGACAAACCACAAGACUCUGAUGAAGAGGGUGGUUUGAUUGAGAGUGACCUUGGUGAUGGCCUGACACCUGAGGAGAUGGGCAUUGCUCAGUUAGCCAUUAGCGUGGUGUCUGAUGCACUUACCAUCAUUAAAGAGGUGAUCAGGUUUAUUACUGGCUUGCUCAAGAGUUCAGGUCAUGUGCGCAGCACCGAGGAUUAUGUUGAUUCGUUGGAGAGAUUGCUGGGCUGCUGCCAGGAGAUGGGAACCCAGGUUAAUGAGCUUGGAGCUUCUGUUUACCCUCCGCAAGAGAUUUCUCAAAUGAAGUUGAUCUCAAAAAAGAUGCACGGUGGAGUCGAUGAGAUGCGUGCAGAAGUUGGCAGCCUUCAAGGCUCUUCUGGAGGUGUAUAUGAGGCCUUUGAAGGUCUGAAGAAUUCCCUGGGGAAACUAGAGUGUAUGUUGGGGGAUGAUCUAGUUCCUGAAAUGGGAAGGCUUGCCGUAUAGCAUGCCGGAGAUAUUUUGUGUAGCAUCUGCACUGUUUCUUUGAGCGUGUGAGCGAUUAUUUAUGGUUCAGUAGUUUGGGCCUUUUGUGUAGCAAAACGCGUUUCGAAGUGAAUUUGACUCAAAAAGUGAGGGAAUGUAAUGCAAUCUAAUUUGAUCACAA